GUAGCAGUAGCCAGCCACACAGUACGUCUAAAACCUAAUAAGUAAGCUUCUAGGCAACAGGCGCGCGGCCGGUGGCGAGCAUGUCGAGGGAUCCGCUGAUCGUCGGGGGGAUCGUCGGCAACGUCGUCGACUACUUCGACGCGUCGGCGCGGCUGAGGGUGUUGUACAGCAACCGCGAGAUCACUAAUGGGUCCGAGCUGAGGCCGUCGCAGGUGGCGAACCAGCCGACGGUGCACAUCACGGGGCUGCCCGGAUCACACUACACGCUCGUGAUGAUAGACCCUGAUGCACCUACCCCAAGCAACCCUUCCCAAAGGGAGUACCUCCUUUGGUUGGUCACAGACAUACCAGAAGGACGUGACGUGCGUCAUGGAACUGAAGUGGUGGCGUACGAGAGGCCGCAGCCGACGGCGGGGAUCCACCGUAUAGCGUUCGUGGUGUUCCGGCAGGCGGUGCGCCAGGUGAUCUCGGCACCAGGGUGGCGCUCCAACUUCAUCACACGGGACUUGGCCGAGUGUUACAGCCUCGGUGGUCCGGUAGCGGCCGCCUAUUUCAACUGCCAAAGGGAGGGCACCUGCGGUGGGCGUAGGUACAGGUGAAGCUAAUUUGUCCCAUAGGGUGUUGUACCUACGUCGUGCAUGACAACGUGCCGUGGCUUCAUCCAGAUGUGAUUAGACAAAAUAAUAAAUUAAUAAAGCCAUGCUAGCUAGCUGAUUUCAAAGUUCCAAUACAUAAUAUGUAGGUCAUCUCGAUCGGCCGUACGUGUGUAUUGUGCACCCUGUUGGUGCAUGCUCCUAAGAUUUUGAUAAUUUUAUAGGUCAAUAUUGGUGUUGUUUUACACCCUGUAAGCGAUUUAAGAUGAUAUUUGAAAAUAGAAGCUCCCUUGGGCAUGGUAUGUUGGUCGA